UAUCUUGUCGAGCAUAUAUUAUUGUGUAAAAUUGACGUAAACUAGCAGAGAUUCGCAACUUAACGUCAAUAUCUAAUUUUAAAAAUGACUAACUAUUCGGAAUUUUUUAAGAAAGUUUUUAGCGAUAUUGGUCAGCGCUCGGCGUAUUCGCAAAUGCUAAUUGGUGUCUCUUCAGGAUGGGCAACCGGAUUUACAACAAUGAAAAUUGGGAAAUUUGCUGCGUUUGCCGUAGGCGGCAGUAUUAUUUUGCUGGAAAUCGCGCAUCAAGAAGGACUUAUAAAAAUAAAUUGGUCGAAGUUGGAUAAGAGCGUUGACAAACUUGCCGAUAAAGUGGAAUCAUCGCUGGGCCGUGAAAAAAAUUGGAAGGAUAAGACCGAAAGAUAUGUCGACAAUCAAUUGGAUAGGGCUGAAAGCUUGUUAACCAAAAAUGGCAAGAAAGUGGCUAAGUGGUAUUCCAAACUGAUUGGUGAUGAAGACGGUCCGAAAGUAAACGAUUUGCACAUCUUUUUGGCAUCCUUUUUCGGUGGCGUUGCCCUCGGAAUUGCGACUGGAUAAUUUAUUCGACAAUGGCACAACAUUUAGCUACCAUAUGGUUAUUAAAACAAAUCUCAAUAAAAAAGUUACAAAAACAAAUAUAAUAUAAACGAAAA